UGUAUGUUUCCGCGUACACUUUAUAUUCUCUCAAUUAUUUAUUACCUCAUCAUCAGAUCCAAAGCACAGUGCCACCAAAACAACAAUGGCAGCAUCUACAUUUCUAAACUUCCUAUUCCCACCCCCACCUUCUCUAUUCGUCACCGCCAUGUCAGUUAUCAGCAUUGCUUCACUCGCUAACGCCGGUUUCAGCGAAGUUAGAGGAAAACACAUGAGUUAUUCCAAAUUCUGGAAUGUUAAUAACAAUAAUGGUAACAAACAGCAGAUGAAAUUGUCGAGUAGAACUGGUAUGCUGUUGUUGUAUACUCCUGCUUUUCUUGCUGGUGCGGCGUCGUUUUGGGUGUUUCCUGAUGAAGGUCUUAGAUCUACGGUUCUUCAAUCUGCGGUGACUAUUCAUUUCUUCAAGAGAGUGUUUGAGGUUCUAUUUGUCCACAAAUAUAGUGGUUCUAUGGCACUUGAGUCUGCAAUUCCCAUCACACUGAGUUAUUUUAUCUCAUCUGCAACCAUGAUCUAUGCUCAGCACCUCACAUUGAAUCUUCCAGAACCAUCAAUCAAUCUAUUGUACCCUGGAAUUCUGUUGUUUCUUGUAGGCAUCACCGGCAACUUCUACCAUCAUUAUCUUCUAUCAAAAUUAAGAGGAGAAGGUGAAAAGGAAUACAAGAUUCCUAAAGGUGGCUUAUUUGAGUUUGUGAUAUGUCCUCAUUAUCUUUUUGAGAUUAUUGGGUUUUAUGGCUUUUCCUUAAUUUCUCAAACAUUGUAUGGAUUCUCUUUUGCCAUUGGCACUACUUUUUACUUGUUGGGUAGGAGUUAUGCUACUAGGAGAUGGUAUCUCUCUAAAUUUGAAGAUUUUCCUAAGAAUGUUAAGGCUAUUAUCCCAUUUUUCUUCUAAUUGUUGAAAAGGAAGAACUAGAUAUUUUAAACUAUUUUGAUGUGAAAUGUGUUGUAAUUCAAAAAUCAAACAUAAGAGAUAGUUGUUAGUAUUAGUGAUUAUGUUGUGAUCAAAUGUUUGGAUUGACAGUGAUAUUUGCAAAAUUAUGGCGGCAUCCUAAUUUUGUUGAA